GCUCCACACACACACGCUCGCCCAUCAUGGACGCCAUCGCCGAGCAGUUCACCAACUUCUACUACCAGACCUUCGACGGCGGCGACCGCUCCGCGCUGGCCAACCUCUACCGCGCCUCGUCCAUGCUCACCUUCGAGGGCGACCAGCACCAGGGCGCACAGGCCAUCACCGACAAGCUCGUGAGCCUGCCGUUCCAGCGCGUGCAGCACAAGGUCGAGACGCGCGACGCCCAGCCCUCGGGCGACGGCAACGCGCUCGUCGUCAUGGUCACCGGCGCCCUGAUGGUCGACGACUCGCCGCAGCCCAUGCGCUUCUCGCAGGUCUUCACGCUGAUGCCCGAGGGCGGCUCGUACUACGUCUUCAACGACCUCUUCCGGCUCAACUACGGCUGAGCAGGGAGAGGUGGAGGGCGGUGCCAUGCGGGCCGGUGCCAUGCCGUGCGGCCGUCUGCACCACAGCGGCCGGUGCCAGGCUGCAAUUGACCCAGUGCUGCAUCCGACGGUCAAGAGGGCUGUGAGCGGUGCUGCUGUGGAGGCAGCUCGUCGUUGUUGCCUGGACGAUGCCGAAUGUUCUGAAGGCGCUCACGAC